AUGGUGCACGAAUUGACUGAAGCUUGUGCGAAGGGAGGAUUCCGCCUAUUGAAGUGGACAAGUAACAGCAGUGAAGUUUUGGCCAGUAUUCCUGAGUCACAGCGCUCCAAGAUCAUCAGGGGGCUUAAUCUGGAUCAAAAGGCAAGCUCCGUUGAAACAGCUCUUGGUCUUCAUUGGUGCAUAGACGCAGACGUUUUGACCUUUAGGAUAGCCAUACAAGAGCGCCCACAUACAAGACGUGGCAUAUUGUCUGUGGUGUCGUCCAUCUAUGACCCUUUGGGUUUUCUUGCACCAUUUACUUUGCCUGUUAAAAGGAUGCUGCAGGAGAUGUGUAGGCUGAACAUUGGCUGGGAUGCCAGCAUACCUUGUGUCUUCUCCGAGCAGUGGUCCAAAUGGCUGGCUAAUCUCCAUCAAAUCACUGAGUUCACAGUGGACCGGUGUAUCAAGCCAAAGGACUUUGGAACACCUACUCGCCUGCAGUUGCAUCACUUUUCCGAUGCCAGUGAGUAUGGCUAUGGAACUGCAUCAUAUCUCAGGAUGGAGAAUGAAAGAAACCAUGUCAGUAUUGCUUUUAUAUUGGGCAAGGCCAGGGUCGCUCCUUUAAAGCAAACAACAAUUCCUCGUCUUGAGCUGACUGCUGCUGUCCUGGCUGUUAGGGUGGACAAGAUGCUGAAGAGGGAGUUGCAGCUUGAUCUGCACCCAUCAGUAUUCUGGACAGAUAGCACAACUGUUUUAAAGUAUAUUGGAAACGAGACCAGGAGGUUUCAUACGUUUGUGGCCAAUAGGGUGGCCGUAAUCAGAAAUGAAACAGAUAUUGUACAGUGGAGACAUAUUGGCACAAGACUGAAUCCAGCAGAUGAGGCAUCCAGGGGUCUAAGUGCUGAAGAAUUCCUUGCAUGCGAACGGUGGCUGAAGGGACCAGAAUUUCUCUCAAGGGGGGAAGUGGAAUGGCCUAAGACCAUCAUGGAACAACCUGUAAUCCCUGUGGAUGACCCUGAGGUGAAAAAAGACCCACUGGUGAAUGCCUUUGUCUCCCAUAGUCUACUGAAUGCAACAAAGGUGUUUUUAAGCUAUUUUUCAGAUUUUAAGAAGCUGAGAACUUCUGUGGCAUGGAUGCUUAGACUCAGAGACAUGCUUCUAACCUUGUCCCAAAGGAGAAAGGUUCUUGAAGCCUCCGAAAGUAUUGGUCAUGAUAAAGGAGGCCGAAGAAAUGACUAUCUUUAUGCUGAGAUGCAAAGGGAAAAAUUGGCACUCUGUGGACAGUCACUGACAACAGGUGACCUUGAGAGGGCAGAAGGUGCCAUCAUUUGUUUUUCCCAGCAAGAGAGGUUUUCUGAUGAGAUUGUGGUUUUGAAAAACGGAGGAUCUGUCAAACGAAACAGCGACCUCUACAAGCUGGACCCAGUGUUGGAGGACGGAUUGCUGCGGGUCGGAGGAAGGCUCAGUAGGGCUGCCAUGCCUGAAGUUGAAAAACAUCCUGUCCUUCUUUCUAAAGAGCAACAUGUGUCCAAACUCCUCUUGAAGCAUAUCCAUCAACAGUUGGGUCACGCAGGUAGAAAUCAUAUGCUCUCUUCUCUCAGGAAGCAAUACUGGAUUACUCAUGCCAAUUCUGCCUGCAGGAAGGUCAUCUCUGAGUGUGUAGUUUGUCGCCGUCUCCAAGGAAAGACAGGGGUACAGAAAAUGGCCGAUUUACCAGUAGAGAGAAUUGUGCCAGAUUUACCUGCAUUCACAAAUGUGGGCGCCGACUACUUCGGGCCAGUAGAGGUGAAGAAAGGCCGGGGCAGAGCGAAGCGCUACGGCGUUCUCUUUACCUGCAUGACGAGUAGGGCAGUUCAUCUUGAAGUUGCUUAUGCUUUAGACACUGACUCAUGCAUAAAUGCCAUUCGCCGCUUCAUGUGUCGCAGAGGUCAGGUGACACAUCUGACAUCAGACAAUGGUACUAACUUUAUAGGAGCUGAGCGGGAGUUAAGGGAAGCCAUUGCUGAGUUAGACCACCAGAAGAUUCAGCAUGCCUUAUUGCAGAGUGGUCUAGCAUGGUCCUUUAACCCUCCAGCUGGGUCUCACUAUGGGGGGGUUUGGGAGCGUCUUAUUCGUCUUGCGAAAAGGGUCCUCUUUUCCACGCUCAGACUUCAAACACUGGACGAUGAAGGGUUUCACACCAUUCUUUGCGAAGUCGAAGCCAUUCUCAAUAGUCAUCCCAUUACAAAGGCCUCUGAGGAUGUGAAUGACCUUGAAGCACUUACACCCAAUCACAUCCUGCUCUUGAAGUCAAAGCCACACCUCCCUCCUGGGCUCUUUUGUAAAGAUGAUCUGUACAUGAAGAGAAGAUGGAGGCAGGUGCAGUUUUUAUCUGAUCUCUUUGGAAGCGCUGGGUGA